AUGAACGAUCCUUGUGGCGCUGUUUACGAUCCCACCCGGGACGAAUAUCAUCUGUCUUACCAAUGGCAUCCUAAUCAUAUCAACUGGGGCAACAUCAGCUGGGGCUCUGCCAUGAGCAAGGACUUGAUUCAUUGGGAGGAUCAUGGCGGCUGGGAGAAUAAUGAAGCUCUCAUCCUGUCUCCCUCCGGCAACGGAACGUAUAAUGGAUUGGGAAUCUUCUCCGGCACUGCGCAGCCGGUGAACACCAAAGGAGAGGUGGACGGCACUCUGCUCAUCUUUUACACUUCGGUGUCCAAGCUGCCCACCAACUGGGCGCUGCCAUACCAGCCAGGUACCGAGACCCAGAGUCUAGCAUUGAGCACUGAUGGCGGCAAGACGUGGGAAGAAUAUCCCGGCAAUCCUGUAAUCACCACCACGACCGAACAAGCACCAAUGAAUUGGAACAUCACUGGCUUCCGCGAUCCCUUCCUCGAGCCAUCGCCGGAGCUCGACGCAUUGCGAGGAGUCGACGAACCACACUACUACGCUGUAUUCGGUUCUGGCAUCAAACCUGAAGUCGGACCAAGAGUCCCACUCUGGUCUGCACCUGCCAAUAAUUUGACCGAUUGGACGUUCCUCGGAGCUCUUUGGGAGCCAGCGGCCAACACUUCCGUCGGUCCAGUCCUCUCCACCGGCAGCUAUGGUUACAACUUCGAAGUCAGCGGGUUCUUCGCACUUUACGACAGCGAAGGCAUCGCUCACUGGUAUGUCAACGUCGGGUCCGAAGGAGGCAAUGUGUCCUUCCAUCAGUCUGCACAAUGGGCAUUGUGGAACGAGGGCAAGGUUUCUCGCCGUGACAAUGGCAGUGUCGAGUUUACUCCGAUCUCUGGUGGCGCUGCAGAUUGGGGCUCCGGCUAUGCUUUGACCAGCUUCAACGACACCAAGCACAACCGCCGAGUGCAGUACGCUUGGGUGAGGGAAGACUACGUUGGCGACGGUGGCCUGUUCAGUACCUCCCAGCAAGGCUUCCAGGGCGCUCUCUCGCUGCCGCGCGAGCUGUUCGUCCAUGAGGUACACCACGUCGACUCGAGCGACGAGAUCUCUUACGCAAAGAACUCCAUUCUCGAGCCCAAAGAAGACGGCUCCUUCACAGCCCACACUAUGGGAGUACGUCCUCUCCCCGACGUCGUCGCAGGUCUCCGCCGCACCGCUGCCAAGAACACCUGGAACGAAACCACUACCUACAGCUCCACCACGAUCGUGCAGGAAGUCGGAUCCGCACACAUGGAGAUCAACGCCUGGAUCUCCUCCGCUUCCGGACCCGUCGGUCUUGUUAUUGAGGCCUCGCCCGAUGGCGAGGAGUACACGAACAUCAUCUACGAGCCUUCAAACCACACCAUUCUCGUUGAACGCAUGCACAGCAGCAAUAUCGUCGAGUUCAACAACGCCACCAUUACUGGCUACUUCUACCCUUACUCCGUCAACGGCACGACGGAGGCGAUCAACAUGAAUGUCUUCAUCGACGGUUCUAUUGCUGAGAUUUACAUCAAUGAACGCUUCGCGCUGUCAGCGAGGAUCUACCCGUCCAAGGAGUGCAGUACCGGAUUUGGUGUGUACGUCGGUGAGGGCCACACCGCGGAGGUGAGCUCGCUGGAGGCGUGGUUCGGUACGGAUAAUGUCUGGCCACACCGUCCACUGAACUGCAGCUCGCAGUUGGUGUUCGAUACGGCGGAGCAGACCAAUAACUACACUUGGUGGACGGGUAACUAG